AUGAACUUUCUUGGACUAUCGCCGAUUACAAAAGGUGAUACUACGAAUGUAUCAAAAACCAAUAAAGCUGAUGAAGAGUCUGUUUCUAAUUUGAAUAGGGGUAUGUCAGCACCAAGCUUGAGUACAUCUAUAUUUGCUAUGCCUAGAACUAUUCCAACAACUAAUAAUGACAAACAGAAGCAAAACUGGAAUGUAAUAUCUGAAAACCAAACAAACCCAGCUCAAGAGACUAUCGAUGCUAGGAAAUUCAAUGAAGAUGCAACCUCGCCUAAACAAGUCGACAUUACUAACAAUAAAUUAAAAUCAUUAUUAUUAAAACAGGAGGAACAUUCGAAUAUAAAUUCAGCUGAUACUACGACAAACUUCUAUGCCAUAUCACAAUAUAUUCUCCAAUCAUAUUUCAAGGCGAAUUCAAGUGACUUAGCAUCUUUAAAAUUAGUGGACUUAAUAGUCGAUCAGACAUAUCAAGAUUCAUUAACGUUGCGAAAAUUAAAUGAAACUACAGCAAUGCAACCGUACCAAUAUUUCAACACAGUGUCCAGAAACCCUGAUAUCUCAAGAUGCCCAAUAUUUGCGCUAGCAGUGUAUUUUGUGAUUAGAUGGAGCCAUCCCAAUCCGCCAAUUACAAUUAACAACUAUCAUUUAAUUUCACUUUUAGAUUCCAACUUUAUUGAUCCAAAUGCGAAACUAGUGAAUAACGAAAAUCCAGAUCACCAGCAGUUAAGUCAAAAUACUAAAAUUCUUAGAUCUGAAAUUUUCCACCCAUCUCCAGAUAUGAUUGAGUUAGUUUUCCCAUGGCUACCAGCUCUUAAACAGGAUAUGUUAUUAAUAGACAGGACAAACUACAAAUUGUUUUCUCUCUGUGAACUGUUCGAGUUCAUGGGCAAGGUAAUAAUACAAGAUUUACGGUACCUAAGUCAGCAUAGCAUGCUACUGCCUAAAAUUGUGGAAUUUAUAUCAAAAUUCAUUCCUGAACUUUUUGAAAAUGAGCAAUUCAAAUCAAGCUCAGAAGAUGAAUUUAUGAUGGAAAGACAGGGCUCGGAUUUUCAACCCAAUUCCUACGAUACAAACCUACAGAGCAUUUCAAGAGAAGGAACACAAAAUGGAUAUAUUAAUAAUAGCGUUCUAGAAAAGAUGAUAGAAUCUCAGUUCGUUUCACUGUCAAAAAAAUUGACCACAGAAAACAUAAGACUAAGCCAAGAAAUAACGCAGCUGAAAUCUGACCUAAAUUCUGUGACUUCCAUGUGUAAUCAAAUCUUGCAACUUCAAAGGAAGAUUGCUAAUGGUGAAAACCAAACUAGAGAUAGAAGCAUGGGAAACUCAGUUAAUGGGGAAGGAAACAUUAUUAUUUUAGACAAAAAUGCAUUAAAUUCCCAGCUCAUUAAUCAGUUGGUUCACUCAGCAGAUGAUACCUCCCAACAGAAGGGGCUAGAAAGUUCACAAUUGGCACCAAUUGGAACAUUCAACUCUCUUCAAAGUAAGCUACAGAAUUCUGAAGCUCAAAAAAGGAAGCUACCAUUUCCGAGUCAUCAGGCUGCUACUAGCAAUAUCGUAAAUGUGCCUAUGAAUAAUGCAAACGGUGGGGCUAGUCCAUAUUCUCCUUCCAUAAAUAUGCAGCCUGACUCACCUUAUAACAAGAGGUAUAGACUGGAGGAUAAAUCAACACCCUCACAAAAUGCACUUGAUUCAUUGCUAUCUAAGUCUGUUGCAAGUCCAAGAGUUGGAGGAUCUAGCGUUAACGGAUCUAACAUUAUGGAUUCCCCUCGUAGUAAUAGGAACAAUUCUAUUGAUAAAAAAUUUUUCAUGACAGGUCAAUAUAACUCACCUGGUGGAAAUCAAGGUACGUUCACAGAUGGAAGUUUUAAUCGUAUUUUAAGCGAUAUUCCAUACAAAGCAGCCUCAAGAGAGGAAACUAUAAUCAAGCCAUUAUCACCAAAUGUCCCAAUACUGCCUGUCAAUACCACAAUUUCACAUAGAAGACAGCAAGGUGCUCUAAAAAAACUUGUUGAAAGGCCUACGUUACCUAUAACGGAGUCAACCACUAGUUUACCACCAUCUCCUGAUGCUCAAUCAGCCAUAGACAGCAAUCAAUUACCUAAACCUCAAUUAGCAUCAAGAGCUAGCACCAUUGUAGAUCCUGAUUUAUCAGUCGAAGUCAUGCAUACUAUACCCGCCCCUGGACAUUCCAAUUUACAACAUACUCUGGAAAAAGGAUAUGAAGGGAAAUCAUCAAGGGAUGAUAUAGAAAAGAAUAAGAAAAUGGAAACACAAAAAAGGAGAAAAGGAGAUGGGGCUUCUAAACCAGAACACUUGCCACCUCUCAAAUACAAAUUGUCUAGAGACAAUAAAACAAUAUGGGAUUUAUAUGCCGAAUGGUAUAUCGGCUUAAAUGGCCAACCUUCUAUUAGAAAGCUCAUUGAAGACUAUGGGUAUAGGCGCUGGAAAGUUAGUGAUGACUCCCAUUUUUUCCCGACAAGAAGAGUGAUUAUUGAUUAUAUCGAGACUGAAUGUGAUCGUGGUAUUAAAUUAGGUAGAUUCACCAACCCGAAUCAACCUCGAGAAGAUAUUAGAAAGAUAAUUGUUGGUGAUCUGGAAAGGUUUAGGAUCAACAAUGCACUGACUUUAAACUCUUUGUCAGUUUACUUCCGUAAAUUGAUCAAAGAAAAUAAUGAGAUAUGCAUAUUCGAGAACUUCAAUAACUGGCAAGUACGAGCAAUGACGGAGGAAGAGAAGAUACGUUACUGUAAACGUCAACAUGGGCCUGCGGAUAGAAAUGUUACCACGACUAACGAAUCACAUUCUUCAGUUACUGAUAGCCAAAGACCUAACAUGAUUGCAAAGCAAACUUUCAAUAACCCGAUAGAGAAUCCAACUACAACUAGUAUAGAGAGGGAAAGUUCAAGCUCUUCCGAAAAAAACAGUUCCCCUAGGCAAGAAGAUGCUGAGGUUGGUAAUACCUUACCAAAAAAUGCUGAUGCAGAUGAUGAUAGGAACAAUGAGCAUAAUGACAAUGUUACGAAUAAUGAAUUUAACGACAAGGACGAGACAGCGUAG